AUGAAGAAGAUGAGAUGGGAAAAGUAUAAGGCAAUUACUCUUGCAAAUGAAGAAAUCCUGGAAGAAAAUACCAAUAAAUCAACAGAGCACAACCAAGGGAGUUCUCAGAACAACUUGGAGAGAAAGGAACAGGAAACUGGAUCUGUAGAAAGAAAAGAAUCAACAGGGAAGGAAAUUCAGAAAUUUUAUGUGCCAAGGGCACCAUUUCUGCAGAGACUCCUGGGAGGUGAGAAGGAAAGGUCGUAUUCAAGAUUCCUAGAUAUGUUUGCAUCUCUUAGUGUUAACAUCCCCUUUAUCAAAGCUCUCCAACAGAUGCCUACAUACAUCAAGUACAUGAAGGAGCUGCUGACCAAGAAAGGAACCUUAAAAGGAGGACAGACUGUGACAAUGAACAAGGAAUGUAGUGCCCUCAUCAAGAAAGACGUGCUCCUAAAGAAAAAAUAUCCAGGGAGCUUUCAUAUUCCCUAUGUCAUAGGAGAAACAAGAAUCGAUAGAGGAUUUUGUGACCUAGGAGCUAGCAUAAAUAUGAUGCCUCUAUCUCUUAUGAAGAAGCUGCAAAUCAAUGAGCUGAGAUCCACUGAUGUAAUCAUACAAUUGGCUGAUAAAACUCAGAAGCAGGCUGAAGGAGUAGUCGAAAAUGUGCUGGUGAAAGUGGGAAACUACUUCCUCCCCACAGACUUUGUUGUUUUGGACAUGGAAGAAAGUUGCCUCCAUCCCAUUACUCUGGGGAGACCAUUUCUAGCCACUGGUCGAGCACUCAUUGAUGUAGAACAAGGAGAGUUGAUACUGAGAAUACAUGAUGAGCAGCUCACUUUCUAG